AAACUUUAAGACAGCAUCCUGAAUGCAAAUUCUCCUCCACUUUCUCUCUCUAGAGUCUGGCCAUGGACACCAUUUCGAAUGGUCGCCAAGCGGCGAAGACGAGAUCCGGCGGCAAAAUCCUACGUGGCAGGCGUGUCGCCGCUUCUGCAUCACCCUAUCUCCGCCCAAAUUCGACACCCCGACUCCCUGAAAGCCCUAAUUGGCUCUCGAGACUCUUCUCGCCGGCUGCAGGCGCUGCCCGAAUGGUUGCUAAGGGUGUAGGCGAUCUUUUCUCUCCCGCACUGUUCGGCAAUGAAAUAUCUCCUUCUUCGUCUUGGAGUAGCAGCAAUUCAAGUUCAGGUAAUGAUGAUGAUGGAAAUUCUGAUGGGGCUGAGGAAUUGAAUCUGCCCUUGUUGUACGCCUCAGACCAUCCACAAACCCCUCAGGCUCCCAGCUUCUUUGUCAAUAAUGGGGGUCCACCUGAAGCACAUAAAAUUUUGGAGGAGCCACAAUUGGUACUAUGGGACACCGGUGGCAAACGUGCAAUCGAACAGUUAGUUUUGAAAGAGACAUUUACGAGGGAUGAAUGCGAUAGGCUAACAAAGAUUAUUCAAUCACGAGUUGUAGACUGUCCUCAUGUUAAAGAGGUAGAGGAUACAAGGCAGAAGAAGUUGCCUGACAGAACAGUUGGGAGUAGCUUUGUAUUUCCAGAAGCUCUCCAACUACAGUUGCAGACAAGAAAUUCACCUACUCCCAAUGCUUCUGAACUUGAAAGAAAUUUGCCAAAUUUAUGCAACACAGCUGUUAUGGAGGCAAGGAAAUGGUUGGAGGAGAAAAAAUUGCAACCAAGUUCAAAGUCAGGGUUGGAUCAAGAAAUGUACCAUUCAAACUCUAUCAUGCAGCUAAGUGUUGCUGAGGGUGAUGGUGGUUCACCUGUGGAUGUGGCAAAAUCAUAUAUGCGUGCUAGGCCUCCAUGGACAUCUCCAUCUUUGAGCCUUGUUGGAUCCCAAACUCCCUCACCAAUUGGGACACGUCUGUUUAGUGAUGGAACCCCUUUUGGACUUGCGGAUCAAACUUUGUCCUCCUCUAAGAUGCUUAAAAGAAACACUCUUGCUACUGGAUCAUGGGAUAUCCUAGAAGAAAUUCGAAGAGUGCGUCUUAAGGCAACAAAAGGUAUUUUAGAACCUUUUGCCAAGCAAAUUGACUCAUCUGCUAUAGUAUCAGAGAAUAUUGGUGGGAAGAUCUCAUCUUCAUCUGAUAAAAGAUCUACACAAGUGGGUGGUACAGUCAAUGAUUCAAAUUCACUACCAGCUAUACAGUCUGUAGCUGGAACUGCCCCAGCCCCUGCAGGGUUUUGUAAUGCUGAUGGCUCUCCAGGAAAUCUGAAGCAUGGAAAAUCAUCCUCCACAACUUUAGUUGCUGACACUGUAAAUGACAAGCCAAUAAAUGGAGCUAUGUCCUCUUGUCCAACAGCUCUUGUUUCCGAGAGGACUCAGGAUCUAGAAGAUUCUCAGCCUCAUGGGGGAGAGGGCACUAAUUCUGUUUUUGAUGAUUCCCUGGUUCUGGACUCAAUUUCAAUACAAAAUAAUGGUCCACAGGAUGUCUCAGUUCAUACCACAAAUUAUGGGCCAGAAGUCAAGUCAGACGAAGAUACAAAGCCUGCAUUGCAGGGUGAAGCCACCGACAUCAAUGGCCUUGAUGAUGCAAAUAGGACUGGCCCACCGUCAGUUUCUCCUGUGUGUAAAGUUGUACAGACUGAGGAUUCUUGCCAACCACUUCCGUGCUCUGGUCUGAAGGAAACACAUUCAAUCAAUGAUUCAAGAACUGUGGAUGGGAAUGUGACACAGAAAGAGGAAAAUGUACUGGGAGAAAGAGUUACUACUAAUGGUCCUUCUCUUGCAUCAAGUUUGUCUGCAGGAGUGGAUUCAGAUCCUGGCCUAAGACCAGCUGAUGAGGAAGAGCCAAAUUCAAUCAGUUCAGACCAUGGGAAAUCGGAUUCAGGCGCCCAUUUGGAGGAUAACUGUGAACUUUUUAGUGAAUCUUUCAUAGAGAUUCCAACCAUGGAAGAAACUGACAGCAUUGUCAGUGGGUCUCAAAACAGAUCUGACAAGCAGUACGGAGAUUCAUUACAAAACCCACUUCUGGUAAAUUCAGGUGACAGCUUUGCAGGUAAAUAUAGCACCAAGGUUGAGAAGCAGGAGGUAAAGAAAAUGGGGAAAUACAGGAGGAGAGGUAGGCGAAGAGGAAAAGCAUAAUUGCGUCUGUUCAUUGUAUCAUUUAAUGUACACUAAACUGGAAAGGAUAGGGAUGCAUUAUUUAGGGUUUUCGUUUUAACUUGUGGAGAAAUGCUGACUGUUGAAGCCAAAGGGAACCGUCAAGAGAUUCUAGUGUAGACACUGUAGUUCUUUUCAAGUCUCCAGUCACCAUGCUAUGUUGGUCGCAAGUCUUUACUUUCCUUUUGUUUUGUUUGUUUGAUUCUCAUGUUUGAUUUACAGAAUCAGAUUAGUAGAGUGCCCUCAAAUGUGAUGAUUGCUUGA